CUUUGUCUGUUUAUUAGUUUAUAAACAGCCAAAUUCUCUUUCCGCUACCAAUAAAAUGCCAACAAACAACUUUUUUUGCAUUGCUGUGAGAGUACUUCUAUCAUGUGAUAGUCAUGUGACUCCCUGAUGGAAUCAGUCUUUCAUCUUUAUCGUGUAACAAUUUUUCACUUUGUAAUUGUCUCAGCCUGCUUCUACCAUUGACUCGGAAACAGCUGCAGAGCUCAGCGGGACAAGCAUGGGCUUACACAAUAAUAUCCCGCUCAUCAUCAACAUGGGUAACAGCAUCAUUGGGGUUGCUGUUCUUGCCAUGCCAUAUUGUUUUCAACAAUGUGGAAUUAUACUUGGCAUGUUGCUGCUUUUAUUCUGUACCUGGCUGACACUGCUCUCGUGUAAAUUAUUAAUGAAGGCUGGUAUUACAGCUCGGCGGAGGUCUUAUGAAUUUCUAGCAUAUCAUACUCAUGGAGCCCCUGGGAAAUUCAUUACAGAAAUAGGGAUGAUUGGUAUGCAGUUUGGUACUCUCAUUGCCCAGAUGGUGAUCAUUGGUGACCUAGGCCCAAGUAUUGUGACCAAACUGUUUGGUCUAGCUAAUUUUUCUGGGAUGCGCACAAUUUUAAUUAUAACCCUUGGCCUUAGUAUAGGACUACCAAUGGGUUUGUUGAAAGACUUGAGAGCUAUCAGUAAAGCCAGCACUGUUUGUAUUAUUUGCUACUCUGUUUAUGUAUUCUAUGUUAUUGUUCAAUCGUUGCCUGAUUUGGUGAAAGGUGAUUGGAUUACAGAUGUCACCUUUUGGCGGACAAAAGGCUUGUUCCGAUGUUUACCCAUUUUUUCUUUUUCAUUUGGAUGCCAGUCGCAACUGUUUAUACUCUAUGAUGCCUUACCAGAGCCGUCCUUGAAAGUGAUUUCCUCAGUGACCAACAGCGCUGUCAAUCUGUGUGCUGCUGUUUAUUUGAUUGUUGGAUUUCUUGGUUAUAUUUCCUACCACACAUACGACAUUCCGGGUGAUAUUAUGAAUAUUUUUCCUAUAACUCCUGGAACUGAUGCCACCAAAAUGGCAUUUGUCAUUUCAACUGUCAUUACAUUCCCUGUCAUUAUAUACCCAUGCAGAUCCAGCAUCUACACUCUGUUUUUUGCUAAGCCAACUGACUCUACAGUGAGUUCUCAUCCCUUGUACGCUAAACAAGAUUCAGAAACCGAAGAAGUCCCAACUGAUGGAUUAGAUUUUUCAGAUUACUUCACACAAGAUAAGUCAAAACACCAUGAUGAUUUCCUGGCGCCAAACAGUCACAUGCCAGAAAGGCUAUUUAAAAUGAUCACAGUUGGUAUUGUGUUGAGUUCCAUGGUACUAUCUCUCUUGAUUCCUAAUGUGGAAAUUGUACUUGGCAUCAAUGGAGCUAUCAUGGGAACACUCAUCUGUUACAUCUUCCCUGCCUUGUUUUACUUGAAGGUGAUGGGCAGCAGUCCAGAGGACAAAAACAAAGCUCAGUUUUUACUUUUCGCUGGAAUAACAAUCUUACUUGUAAGCACCAUGGCAACACUGAGUCCUCUAGAGCCACAACAUGGCCACCAUCAUCACCGUGACCUCCCAGAACUGCUUCCAAAUAGAGCCACGCUGAGCCCUCUCAACCAGAAUGAAGUGUUAGCCCCUGACACGCCGCCUCCACUUGUGAAUAAUGAUGUCCAAGCCAAUGAUGGAAGGAGGAAAGAGCCUCCAAACCCUGACCCACCUGACAAAGUUGUGGAGGUCAAACAAAAAGUUGAUGUUGGAAAUCAACCAAUUGCAGCUCAGGAUCAAGUUGUUGAGAAAGUUGAGGAUGAUAAGUCCCAGGAGGAAGCAAUCAGAGCAAAGGAACUAGAGAAAGAAAAAAAACAAGAUGACCUGAUUGCUAAACUGGAGCAGCAUCGAGUGGAGCAGGAAAAGUUGAUAGAAGAACAGAAACAGUUGAUACAACAGUUUAAACUUCAUCAUCAAAAAGACAUGGAGGACAAGAAUCACCAAAUCAACCAGCCCCAGGAUGGGCAGCUGCAAGCCAAUCAGCAACAGCCUUUCCAAGAUCAAGGCCAUGCACCACAAGAUAUAGUACACCAUAACAACCUUCUUCAGGCUGAUCCACAGGGGGCACGGCUGAGUCAAGGUGAUACAAAUGAGAACAAACAGCAUUUUAACAUCGACUCCCCAGCAGCGCCUCAUGGAGACUUGCUAGCCGCCAAGCCUGCAAACUCGGUGCUGAAUGCACAAAAUGAGAAGGCACCGAUGGGAACUGAUGCCCCACUUUUACAGAAUCCUCCACAGAAUUUAGUAAACCAGCCGCAGGAACCCAUCCAGCCACAAGUUGAUAAAUUAUCUGACUUUGGUUCUGAAGAUCUACAUAGGUUAAAGAGAGACACUAACCAGACAUUGAAAGAAAGUGUCAAACUAAACCAGGGAGCAGAAGCUGCUCCUCUAAACUCGUCUGCUGACAAAUCUCAGGCGGACGCUGUCCCCUUACAAAAAGCAAUUGACAAUAAUAAUGCAGCCCCGACCCAGAAAGUUGUUGAAACAGAAUCGGGAGGCUCAACUAAACCAGCCAAUCCAUUGGUGGACAUUCACACUGUAAAAGUAAAUUCCAAAAAUCCAGAAAUGAGACGCAAGUUACGAUCUCUAGGGAUAAUGUGAUUUGGACAAAAAAAAAUACUACUUUUCAUCAUAUUGCUUAAAAAAAAAAAAUUCAAGUAUUAUAAGCUCUUAGUAAGAAGACUACUCCUAGUGUGAUAAAAUGGCACACUGUUCAUGAGUACAGUAAUGAGAAAUUGAAAUGUUUUUGAGUACCUCGUACUCUUGGUUAAUUAGCUUGCGUUUUCUUUUUCAUAGUAGGAAAGAAAAGGGCAUGCAUUCAUUGACAAUGUGCUGGUGUCUUGUUAAAUAUUGGAUGACUUUGUCCUUUCAUGCCCAGGCCUCCGGUAGUAAAUUGGUUUCUCUUAUGUCUCUCUCUCUUAUUUUAAUGACUGUUUUUCUCAAUGUGGGUGAACAUGUGUGUGCAUAAUUUGUUCCCUUGAACAUAUUGAAUGAAAUAUACCAUGUUUCUUUUUUGUUUUAUAUUAAUGCAUUUACAUAAUUUAUAACAUAAAUGUACAUUUCUCUUUAACAUUAUGGCAUUAGUGGUAAUGAAAAAAAAAAUGUUUUGAAUAACUAUGUGUUAAAUAUGAACAGUUAUUUCUUAAUUAUUUCUUAAUGUUAUUCAAAUUAUUGAUACCAAAAUAGAACUGGAUUUUUUUUGUUUAUAGUUCAGUUAGUUCCCCCCAUGUUUACUGGUAUUGAAGAAAAGUCUGUAUAGAAAACUUGGCAUUUCUUUGUUAGCACUAGUUGCUGAUAAUUCGCUUCUCAUUUGUUAUAUACAUUGAUAUUUGUAGUUAAAAGAAUUGACAACUUGACCAUUUGAACUAUAGGACCAAUACUUGAUUUGCUGUGGUGGAACCUUCAGUGUAUCUGAAUAGGAAUGUCUCUACAGUCACAUGAAAAGUGCUCAACAAGAUGAACCACGGUUGUUCUACCCCUAAAGAAGGCCAACAAUAGUACUUGAUUACUUUGAAAGAGGAAAUUUACAUUUGGCAGGUCACCUCGAAAGAAUGUCAGAGAACAGAGGAGCAAAGAUUGUUCUCUGUCAAAAACCGCAAAGACAGACCACGAGUAUGGUGGCUUGAUGAAUGUAGAGGCAGAUCUACAACAGCUAAGAAUCUGGGCUUGGAAACUUAAAGCGCUAGAUAGAUCAGAAUGGAGAGAUGUGCUAGAGCAGACAGGAACCCUCCAUGGGCUAUAGUGCAUCUGAAAUGGAUGUUUGGUUAUUAGAAAAGUCUUGUCUACUCCUUGGUUUGGUCCAGCCUUUCCCAUAUUGGUAAACCUACUCUGAUAUAAUCUUAUUAAACUACAGGUGUGAAUAUCAGGGUGAGUGAAAACUUAAGUGUUAGCUUAAACUUUUCACUCUUUUUUUCUCUUUCUGUCUGUUACUGACACAUUUCUGCUGAUAAAUUUCGACAGAAGUGACUUUUUUUUUUUAAACCGCCUUAUGAAUUUCUGGGAUAUUUCAACUGAUGUAAAAGUGCCAACCAUUAAAACAUAUACUUUAUAAAAAAAACUUUAUGUAAGACAUUUACCUGGGUGAUUUACAUAUCGACUGCUACUCUCUGUCACUUGUACAGUGGGGAUAGCCAACACCAUGUGUCGAACACAUAUCACACAACCCUACACUUGAACUGGUUGUGAAACAGGAGCACUUAAAACCAGAGAAAUGGCCUCAACUGGUUUUAGGUCUGGUAUUACUACUACCGUACCUUUGUUGAAUAAAUGUUGAUCAGAGGUUGAUUCAAUAUUAUACUUUCUAACAUCUUAUUUCAAAAGGUACUGACCUUUUUAGUCCCAACUUAACUCCAUCUCUCCGUAAUUAUUUUCCUUGUUCCGAUAAAAUUAUUCAUUUUGCUCAUUUGUAUUUCACUAUCCUGGUUAUGAUUAAACUUCAAUAACUUUUUGCUUCAUAUCAGAAAAUGUUAUAUUUAGUAUAGAACUAUUUUUUUUACAUAACACAAAUUUCAAAGUUUAUAAAUCCAAAAGCUCAAUGUAGUUUAAUGGGGUCAAGUCAAUGUUGGCAUCUUUAAUUAGGAAAGAGUUAAAACAUUUUAUUUUAAAGAAAACUAACAAACUUUAUUUCAGAUGUAGGCUACUUCUAUAUGUGAGCCUGAUAUAUUUCUAGGGAAAAGAUUCAAUUGAUUCUAUCAUUUACUUAUUUAUAUUGCACUGAACCAUAUAAAUGCAAAUGUCUUGUUUUUGAUUACUCUUAACAGCCUUGUACUGGUCUCUACCAGUACAGAAAUAUAAAUCUAAAAAAAUGUAUAAACUUAUUGACUUUGUUGAAUAUAUAAAAAGUACCAGUUUUUUGAGAGAAGAAAUUCUGGUUGGUUUAAUGUUAGCCCUGAGGAAAUCUGCUCAAUGUAAUAAUGAUGUACUUGUAUAUAGAUUGCUAUGAAUAUUUUGUGUCUCUCUUAAGAUUAUGUUUGAUUUUAUUAGAGUAUAUAUUUGUGUCCAAAUCUUGUCACAGUGUUAUCAAAUUCAAUAUCUGCUGUGAUGUGCCGUUUGUGGCCAAGUUGUUUACGUCUACAAAAACUUGUCCCUUUGAUGUUUUCUCUCCUCUCAGGUUAUAAUUUCCUACAAAAAUCCUGAUGCUUUAGAAUCUUAAUACAAUUACAUUAAUUCACAAGACAAGACGGCUGUUAUUAGUCCAUGACCUUCACCUAUUCAACUUGUGUGAUAAGAACUACCACUAAAUGUGUAAACAUGGAAACUAUAUCGAAGUACAGUAUGCCAGAAAAUUUGAUUUGACAGUUUGUAUUCAAAUUACAGCAAUGAAAGUACAUAUACCGGUAUUUAAAUAGUCUUUGGGUAUUUUUGGCUUAUAAUUUGAAAAUAAAUAAUUUUGUCUCAACUUACGCAUUGACUGACAUUACAUGUUUUAUUUUAUACAGAAUGAGUGCAUUAGCAUUUUUACUCUGAUAGUGUGAAGAAUUAUAAUCUCAGUUACUUGCCUUCUAUCAUUAAGUUUAUUGGCGCAACUUUUUAACUAAUUCCAUCCAUUCCUUUCUUGCCUUUUCCAUUAAUAUGAUUAAGAAAUAAUUUAAGAUUGUAUACCUGAUGUUGCCUAUCUGUUGUAGCAAGGUCUGUGCUUGUGAAAACAAUCUUGUUUAUGGUUGGUCGGCAGAUCCAGUGGAUCCUGUCAGUCAUGGCAACUGUUAUCUUCUUUACACUAUAGUUACAAAAAUUAUCUCCAAGAAGUUGUAUGCUUAUGUAACGCAUGAUUAGGCAACAAUACAGUGUACCAUUUUGAUCUUUAAUCUGUUAAUAUAGACUGCAAUAUAGGCCAAGCUUUUACAUUACAGUCCAUUUGUUUAAGAUGGGCCUGCAUAAGGCAUAGAACUUAGAAGAACUAAGUCAAUAACAUUCCCAGAAUAAUUUAGGGCCUCUAAAAAGACCAGCCAACUCUUUAGAGAGAGCAACUCAAAACCUAAAUUGAAGUUUUUUUCCCUUAUUUUGUAACAUUUUAUUUUAACAAUGGCAAAACUUACAUUGCUAUGGGAGAAAUAUUCUAACAUUAGUAACUAUGUACGGUAACUUAAGAAACCUUAAACCUUUGACAUUGUUUUCGUAUCAAUUUGACAUGUAUGUUUAAAAUUCAUUCUGUAAUAACUUUAGGAAUAAUUGUUUAUAAUCUUACAGUAACUUACCUGAUAGGAUGCUGUUAUGGCAUCUUGAUCUUGCAUCCACUAACUUAACAUUAACAUAUUAACUAAAGUAGCCAUUUUCUCAUAAGACAAAUCAGAUACUAGUAUAUGAUGAUAGACACAUUUGUGAUGCCAUGUGGUUCAUUGUUUUAUAUUGACUGUAAGAGGAAUUAAACUUUGAUUAUAG